UGACACCGCGCGUCUUCAUGUUACCGCGACGCGUUCUCAUCAAGCCGGCUUGUCCUCGAACCUUCACCUUGCAACUACGCUAACAACAUUUCCUAUUACUUCGCUCACAGAUAUAUUUUCCAAGAGACAUGGACAGCGAUGAGGAUAUGCAUGUUGAAGAGCAGGUGCCAGUGAUUAAGACUUUCAAGGGGAAAGGAAAGGCAGUGGAUCCUGUACAAGAUAUCGACAAUGAUAACUUGCCUUGGGUUGAAAAAUAUCGACCAACUACUCUAGAUGACAUCGUAUCACACAAAGACAUUACCUCAACACUUGAAAAGUUUAUUGAGAAAAAUAGACUUCCACAUCUUCUCUUUUAUGGGCCUCCGGGUACAGGAAAGACCACGACUAUCCUUGCUUUGGCAAGACGAAUAUACGGCAAGGACUACAGGAAGCAGAUCCUGGAGUUAAAUGCAUCCGAUGACCGUGGCAUUGACGUUGUCCGCGAACAAAUCAAGAGCUUCGCCGAAACUCGUACCCUGUUCGCAAAGGGCUUCAAACUGAUCAUUCUGGACGAAGCUGAUAUGAUGACAACCGCUGCACAAUCAGCCCUUCGUCGAGUCGUUGAACAAUAUACGAGGAACGUCCGUUUCUGUAUCAUCUGCAACUACGUCAACAAAAUCAUUCCCGCCAUUCAAAGUCGAUGUACUCGGUUCCGGUUCUCACCUCUACCCACGUCGGAAGUGGAGAAGAGACUCGAUGUUGUUAUUCAAGCUGAGGGGGUCAAACUCACGGAAGACGGCAAGAAGGCACUCUUGAAGCUGACCAAAGGAGACAUGCGACGAGCACUGAAUGUCCUUCAAGCCUGUCAUGCUGCCUAUGACUUGACCGGCGCAGACGAGGUGUACAACUGUACAGGAAAUCCUCAUCCAUCUGACAUAGCAACUAUUGUCAAUUCUAUGUUCUCAGAUGAAUUCACCACUUCGUACAAGAUGAUCACUUCGGUGAAGACUGAACAUGGACUCGCUCUACAAGAUAUGAUCAACGGUGCAUACGACUAUAUCGAUGAACUAGAGUUCAAGCCUCAUGCACGUAUAUACCUUCUGGACCACCUCGCAACGACUGAGCAUCGUCUAGCCUCCGGUGCGAGUGAGAGAAUCCAGCUGACAGCUCUGUUAGGAGCUUUCAAGAAUGCUGUCGAGUUGUCACAGAAGUCCUGAUGUGUACGGUAGAUUACGGAUUGCAAAUCAUAUGCAUCCAUUUAUCAGCUGCUGCAUUGAUGCUUACAUGAGGCU